AUGGUCCCUGACGUCUCCAAGUUUGCCGCCGCCUGCAUCGUCUGGGCUCAGAAUAAGACUUCUCGGCAAGCUCCAGCAGGCCUCCUUCAACCUCUUCCUGUCCCUCACUGUCUCUGGUCACAUAUAUCCCUGGACUUCGUCAGCGGUCUCCCUCCGUCUGAUGGCAACACCACUAUCCUCACAGUGGUGGACAGGUUUUCCAAAGCCACCUAUUUCAUUCCCCUCCCCAAGCUACCGUCUGCCAAGGAGACGGCCCAGCUCAUGGUGCAACACGUCUUUCGGAUCCAUGGACUUCCGGUGGACAUGUCUAACCGCCAGUCGGAGCAAGCUAAUCAGGACCUGGAUACUACUCUUUGUUUCCUCGUCUCUGCCAACCCCACCGCCUGGAGCCAACCCCACCGCCUAGGAGCCAACCCCACCACCUGGAGCCAACCCCACCGCCAGGAGCCAACCCCACCGCCUAGGAGCCAACCCCACCGCCCGGAGCCAACCCUACCAGCCUGGAGCCAACCUCACCUCCUGGAGCCAACCCCACCACCUAGGAGCCAACCCCACCGCCUAGGAGCCAACCCCACUGCCUGGAGCCAACCCCACCGCCAGGAGCCAACCCCACCGCCUAGGAGCCAACCCCACCGCCUGGAGCCAACCCUACCGGCCUGGAGCCAACCUCGCCGCCUGGAGCCAACCCCACCACCUAGUAGUCAACCCCACCGGCCUGGAGCCAACCUCACCGCCUGGAGCCAACCCCACCACCUAGGAGCCAACCCCACCGGAGCCAACCCCACCGCCUGGAGCCAACCUCACCGCCUGGAGCCAACCCCACCACCUAGGAGCCAACUCCGCCGCCUGGAGCCAACCCCACCGCCUAGGAGCCAACCCCACCACCUAGGAGCCAACCCCACCACCUGGAGCCAACCCCACCACCAGGAGCCAACCCCACCGCCUAGGAGCCAACCGCGGUGGGGUCUCCCUCCGUCUGAUGGCAACACCACUAUCCUCACAGUGGUGGACAGGUUUUCCAAAGCCACCUAUUUCAUUCCCCUCCCCAAGCUACCGUCUGCCAAGGAGACGGCCCAGCUCAUGGUGCAACACGUCUUUCGGAUCCAUGGACUUCCGGUGGACAUGUCUAACCGCCAGUCGGAGCAAGCUAAUCAGGACCUGGAUACUACUCUUUGUUUCCUCGUCUCUGCCAACCCCACCGCCUGGAGCCAACCCCACCGCCUAGGAGCCAACCCCAUCACCUGGAGCCAACCCCACCGCCAGGAGCCAACCCCACCGCCUAGGAGCCAACCCCACCGCCCGGAGCCAACCCUACCAGCCUGGAGCCAACCUCACCUCCUGGAGCCAACCCCACCACCUAGGAGCCAACCCCACCGCCUAGGAGCCAACCCCACUGCCUGGAGCCAACCCCACCGCCAGGAGCCAACCCCACCGCCUAGGAGCCAACCCCACCGCCUGAGCCAACCCUACCGGCCUGGAGCCAACCUCGCCGCCUGGAGCCAACCCCACCACCUAGAGCCAACCCCACCGGCCCGGAGCCAACCUAACCGCCUGGAGCCAACCCCACCACCUAGGAGCCAACCCCACCGGCCUGGAGCCAACUCCACCGCCAGGAGCCAACCCCACCGCCUAGGAGCCAACCCCACCGCCUGGAGCCAACCUCACCGCCUGGAGCCAACCCCACCACCUAGGAGCCAACCCCACCGGCUUGGAGCCAACCUCACCGCCUGGAGCCAACCCCACCACCUAGGAGCCAACCCCACCGGCCUGGAGCCAACUCCACUGCCUGGAGCCAACCCCACUGAGCCAACCCCGCCGCCUGGAGCCAACCCCACCGCCAGGAGUCAACCCCACCGCCUAGGAGCCAACCCCACCGCCUGGAGCCAACCUCACCGCCUGGAGCCAACCCCACCACCUAGGAGCCAACUCCGCCGCCUGGAGCCAACCCCACCGCCUAGGAGCCAACCCCACCACCUAGGAGCCAACCCCACCACCUGGAGCCAACCCCACCACCAGGAGCCAACCCCACCGCCUAGGAGCCAACCCCACCGCCUGGAGCCAACCCCACCUGCCUGGAGCCAACCUCACCGCCUGGAGCCAACCCCACCACCUAGGAUCCAACCCCACCGCCUGGAGCCAACCCCCCCGCCUAGGAGCCAACCCCACCGCCUGGAGCCAACACCACCACCUAGGAGCCAACCCCACCGCCUGGAGCCAACCCCACCACCUAGGAGCCAACCCCACCGGCCUGGAGCCAACGCCACCGCCUAG